AUGGAAAAAGAAGAGUUAAGAAAAUGUUGCCAUGAUCUACAAAACGUUCUAACUGAUGGUGAAUUAAAAGACAUAAAUUGUUAUGAACUGUAUGAAGAAUUACUUAUUUUUUGUACUAUAAUUUCUGAAGAAACGACAGCUUUUCAAGCUCUUUCAGUACUAAAAAAAUGUUGUGGAGUACUUUAUCACAGUGUAACAAGCUUAGCUACUCUAUCGAUUGAACAACAAAUUACCGACUCAUUAGAUUUUAGUGAGCUGAUUGCAAUUUUUGCUGCAGCCAAAGCUAGAAAAAAACAAUUUUGA